CUGUCCCCAGUGUGGACGAUGGUGGUCCCGUCGUGGACCUUACUGCUGCUGCCGAUGCUGCCCCAUCGCUUCCUCUCGUUCAGGAACCACGGACGAAGAGGGCCGGCAAGGAGAUUGCCGGUGCCACCUACCAGAAGAUGGUAGAAUACCCCGUCGGCGGGGGUGUGUUUGAUGAUGUCGUCCUUGGCCACGACGUCCUGGCCCAGGCCAUGCCGGCCAAAGAUCGGGCUUACUUGAAGAAGCUCGGGGACGUAAAGAUUUACGAGGGCGGCAUGGACCUCCUCGUCCAAAGUGCCUUUAUGCUCAUGGAGAGCCAUAAAAGGCAGUACCGGGAGAUAGCUCGCUUGAAGGAGCU